AUGUUUAAUUAUGAAAUAAUACAUGCGUGUUUGUGUUCAACAUUUGAUCCACAAAUAAUGUAUCAAUUAUAUUUAUGUUAUCAAAUUAAACGAUUAAUACUUGAAUUAAAAUGUAAUACAAUUGAUCAAAGAUUUUUUUCCUCUGCUAAAUGUUUAUCAAAAUAUCCAACGAGCUAUACACAUAUUGAUAUUGUUAAAUCUAGAUAUUAUUCAAGUUAUCUUAAUACAUUUGGUGAUAUAUUUGAUAUUCAUACGUCAAUUGAUAAAGCUAAUGAAGAAGAAUUAGAUAUAAAUGAUCAUUGCUAUAAUUUUAUAAAUAUAAAAGAUAUUGAUCAAUAUGUUUUUGAAACUCAAUCAAAAGAAAAAUUACGUUUAUGA